AUGCGUUUCCACAAUUUUGACUUGAUGCUUCUCAGUUUAUUCCUGAUCGCCCUCACACACACCGCCUGCGCUCUCGAGUGUUGGAGGUUUACAAAACUUGAUACCACGGCAGCCGCCUGCGAAGAUCCACACAAAAGAACUAGCACACUAUGUAAAUUAAGCUCAUGUUCCGCCAGCCAGAUUUCUGUUGGUAAUUGUUUCAAGCCUGGGGAAGGGCCCGUCACAAAAAGCUGUUACGCGUAUGGACCGAGCCCUUCCAAUGUUAACACAAUCCCCGCGUGGGAGACCGCUAAAAUAGAGUGCAAAUCUGUUGAUCAAACUGAAGGUACGCCAUAUACAUGCGACGGUCCCCUCAAAAAUUUGGCAAAAAUAACCUGCAACAGCUGCCAAUGA